UUCACGUGGUUUCGCACCGCCGAGCCUCAAGGACACCAAUCCUCCACGCCGCACCAGGUUAAUCCGAUUCCCAAGUGACUCGCAUCAUCACGAUGGCGACUACCGCGAUGGACUACGAGAACGCGAACGGUGAUCGCUUCGAUGGUGAGUCGCCCCAACGCGGUCGCGCCCAGCCCGCCUCGACCCAGUCCGCCUCGACCCAGCCCGCGCUUCCUUCAAAUAAUGGCACACGUCACGAUAAUGAUGAUCCCAUUCCGCUCUCGCCUUCGGCACUGGAGUCGCCGUCAAUCGCCCCGCACAGAGUACUGACGACUACCGCAGAAGAUGCCCCUCGUUACGACCGCGACCGUAGUGCGUCGCCGCGCCGCGACGAUGGACACGAGUCGUCGCGUCGCCGCUCCAUGUCUCCCAACGGCAAUGACCGCGCGCCCUCCAAGAAUGACGGCGGCUCUAAGGAUGACGACGGAGCCAUCAACCCUGGAUCUAACCUUUUCGUCACGGGCAUCCAUCCCCGCCUCGAAGAGGCUGAAGUUACCCGUCUCUUUGAGAAGUAUGGUGAGGUGGAGAAGUGCCAGAUCAUGAAGGACCCCCACACUGGAGAGUCUCGUGGCUUUGGCUUCGUGAAGAUGGUGACCUCAGAUAUGGCCGAUGCCGCAAAGGAUGGCCUCCAGGGUGAGGUUAUUGAGGGCCGCACCCUCAGCAUCGAGAAGGCGCGCCGGGCCCGCCCUCGUACUCCCACUCCGGGCAAGUACUUCGGCCCCCCCAAGCGCGAAGAGCCCGGUCGCGGAGGCCGUUUCGACGAUCGUCGCCGUGGCGGAUUCGGCGGCGGCGGUUACGGCGGUAGGGAUGACUCGUACCGCGGCAGCUACCGUGGCGGCCGUGACGAUCGCGGCUACGACCGUGGCCUUGACCACGGUGGCAGCGACCGCGGCUACGACCGCAACUAUCGCGACGAUAGAGGAUAUAACCGCGGAUACCAGCGUGAGGAUCGUGGCUAUGACCGCCGUGACCGUGAUGACAGCUAUGGCGGUGGCGGACGCAUUGACCGCUACGCUGGCGCCGGUGGAAGCACCGGUGGCCGUGAGGAUCGUGGCGAGCGCUAUGGUGGUGGAGGCCGCGGUGGCGCUGAUGAUCGCCGUGCCCCUGGCUACGAUCGUGAGCGUGGUGACUACCGUGGCAGCGACCGUGAUGCUCGCCCGCCGCGUGACGCUGCUCCCAGCGCGGGCGGCUACGGAGAUUCGGCGCCGCGUGGAGAGGCCCGCGAACCCUAUGGUACUGCCCACCUUACCCAUCGACGGCGAUACAUGAAGCUAACAUUUCCAGCAGGCGCCCGCUAGAGCUGGACAGAGGGGGCGCAACUUACCACACGUAAAGGCCGUCAGAGUCGAUGUGGCCACUGGUCGCCGGAGAACUGACUAAGUUGCAGCUCGGUUUUUCUUUGAGUCUCUUCUUCGCUUUGGCAUGGAACAAAAUUCGGAUAUCCUAAAAUGCGCUCGGCUGGAGUUUCGGCAGACAUUGGGAGGGUAUUAGGGC